AUGAUGCUCGCCAUCUUGCCUUCGCCGAUACCUCUGGUCCAUUCCCAUUCCCAUCCUCAUUCUCAUUCCCAUCCUCGUUCUCUUCCCCAUCAUGGCUUGGAUGCUGAUGAUAAAAAAUUGUCCCUCAUACGACAGCUCUGCGCCACUGGUACCAUUGGUGUCGCAGCAUGUGGCCUAACCUUCGGCCAGCCAGUCGAUAUGACGAUGAGCAGCUCGCACAUUCAGGUCCCUCUGUCUGACAUCUCCUCGUCCCACCGAGCCUCGCCUGUAUCCUUCCCUUCCUCGGCAACAGGGUCACGAUCCGGUGGUCGCUCUCCAACAAACCUUACGACUUCCUCUCAAGAGACAACAACCCCUGCCUCAUCUUCCACCGCCGGUACCAAACGUAAAUGGUACAGGAGAUUAUCCGAGGCAGCUUUGAAGAGACGGAGUGUAACACCCCCUGAAAGCUCAACCGCAUCCUCCUUCACCGACCUUGCAAGGAGACUUUCCGUUGGCAUCAAGAAUAGGUCUCGAUCUAAUACAUUGAAGUCUUUGGCCCGGUCGAACUCCCACAAGGCACCGAUCACCCUUUCCGCACCCGAAAACGUCGACCGUCCCGCGACAAUUGGUCCCAGCUUCACAUUAUAUGGAACUCAGUCGCUCUCCAACCCUUCAGGAUCCAGCCUUCCCUUCUCAUUCCAAAGCAGCGUUCACUCUUCAACCUACCAACCCGAACAUAUUCACGAUUGGGAAUUCUAUCUGCAGCCGAGAAGAGUACAAUUUACCGGUGGGCCGGGUAAUAUGUCACCGCCCAGAAGCCCGGUAAUCAAUUGGAUUAGGAGAAUAUUCCCAUCGACGAGGUGGCAGCCUACUCUUGUCAAGCCUUGUGAUAUCUCGCAGGGUCCCCAGGAUUUACCCGAGAUCGACAUCGAAGACCAACGCGAUAUCAGAUUAAGCUACGAUAGCUCUCGAGCCCCCUCUCCCGCAACUUCCUCGGCCGGAGGACGCUCGAGACGUUCACUCUCAAUCUCUGGCUUCCUCUCGACUUCUACGAAGUUCGGACCCGGCCCGACUACCAGAAAGCGAAGACGUCUUUCAAUCAUCCCCAGUGCAACCUAUGACCCUCCAGGUAGCUCCGAGGGAUUCCCCAGUGUCCAGAUGCCAACCAGACCAGAUGCGUACCAUUUCUCCCAGAAUGCAACCGUUCGACUGAUACCGAACGAGAUGUCGCCGAACCUCUCGCCCAAUUCCCCACUUACCCCAAUUGCCCCUCCACAGACAAUACUCCCCACCGCUAUGGAUCUGGACCAACCUCAGGAAGAGGAUUAUUCUCAUGCACGUCGGCCAUCCCUACUCGUAUCAGAGAGAGCAUCCACUCUAAUUGGUAGUGACGACAUUGAACAGGAUUUCUUAUCUGAUACGGUUUUCGAUUCGCUAAGGACCCGCGCUUCCCCCACGCACGCACCCAAGCUGGACACGCUUUUCAAUGGUGGCGAACAAUCAUCUUCACGUGGCAUUCCUGGCACCCUUGAGCCAUCCCCGAUCAUUCUCGAUGAGCCCAUGCAAGGAUUCUCUCUCAACCAAUCGACAUGGUCCGUGAAUGAAGAGCCAUUCACCGGCCUGACACCAUCCAACACCCGUCCCCAGACAAGGUCGCAUCCCGUCAGCCCUUUCACCACAGUUUUUAAACCCGAUGGUGACAAGGCGAAGAGCAUUGAGGAUGAUGAUGAUUCUGUGAUCCGAAAGCUCGAAGAUGACAUUGCAAAUGCCCUUAAGAGGAACUCUAAGGAACGCCCUGUGCAUUCCACUUUCCCAAGAAGGAGACCGCAUGCCCGAAAUUCCAGUAAUCUUGAUACCUUCGACGUUGGUAGGAAGUCAAUGGAUGCACCUUCCAUCGAAGGUGACCGUGUCGUUAGUGGUUCGGAUUGGUCGGAGAGUGUGGCAAAGAGUGGCAGGAGCAGCCGGGAAAUCGCAUCCUCGGAUAACUCUAAAUCACGUCAACGCGCACCGAGUGCUCACACUAGGAGUCGUAGCAUGCCGGUUGCUGGUGUCUUCGCAGAUUCGAGUGAGAACUGGGAUGAUGAUUUUGAUAAUGAUUUUUCCGGGGACGUUAUCAUUCCUAAAUCUAUCAAGGAUGCCCAGGCUACGGUCAUGGGACAUCUUGGCAAUGUCCGUGAGUUUGCCAAGCAGGUUGAGAACCUGAAGAAGCUCGUUGAGAAAGCCAACAUGAGAGGUGUUCGCAAUGGGCCCUUUUCAGCUCUGUGGGAUGAUGCGGAAGGUAUCAUUACCCUUGCCACUGUUGAUGACGAUGUCCCAAUGUCGGCAAUUGCAGACUCGGGUACACCCACCGCCGAUUCGUUUGACUUGGCAAGCAAUGCUUCACAAGAGAACAUCCACCUCCCACGGCCUCUUAGAAGGGCCUCAGUCCUCCUUCCAGAUGAUGAUAUCUUUGGAACGGAUCUAUUCCAUAGCCGCAACACGACCCCUCGCCUACCGCAGGAACCAUUUCUUGCCAGCAAGUCUUCAUCGCCGGCUCUCGUCAAAGAUGAGAAGAAAGCGGUCACUAGCGCCAAAUCGAUCGUUGCUCGAGUCCAGCAACGUGAGCUCCCCGAGAAGAAGUCUAAAGAACGUCUAGUUCCUUCCCCACUUCAAACUUCAAAGGCUCCCACCCCGGAGGCUCGAAUGAAAUUUGAUACGACAUCUCUCCAAGAACUUGUUGCACAUGUUAAGGGUUUGAUCAGACAGCUCGAAGAGGCUCUUGAAGCUGUAACGGAGGCGCCGAAACUCCAAGCAGAAUCAACCAAACCAGAGAAUAAACUCUCGGAAGAAGAUAUCUUGUUACAAGCGGCACUGUUUAAUUACCAAGAUAUACUCCCGGCAUUCCUCGAGGAAGAGGAGGAAUACAAUAACUACAAUAACAAUAGGGCUGUCACGGUUCCCGUAGAUGCUCUCUUUGACUUGACACUAUCGGAAAAGUCAUCAUCAAUCACAAAUACAUCGAUUGAUUCGCCAGUGGAGAAAGAUCCCGCCUGCGAAGUUCUACAGAAAGGUCGCGCGAGAUCAGGCACUAACAGCCGUCGGCGUCGCUCGACCCUUAUGACAUUCGUCUAA